CCCCAAGGGCCAAAACCCACUCUUUUCCCAGCUCUUAAACCCUCCAACCUCCAUAGCUGGGACAGCAACAGAAAACUCAGCCAUUUCUCCUCACGAAUGGCGGGUCCGUUGUUGCUCCGUUCUCUCUGGUCCACCGCUCGCAAAUCCCUCUCUUCUUCUCCUCCUCCUCCUCCCCCCUCUUUUCUCAGAAAACCGUGCCUUUCCCAACGUGCUCCCUUCCUCCUCUCACGCGCCUUCUCCUCCGCCACUGCCGCCCCGUCCACUGCCGCGCUCGCCGAUAGCGCCCUUGAUCCCUACCGGCUACGGAACGUGGCAGUGAUCGCCCACGUCGACCACGGAAAGACCACCCUCAUGGACCGACUGCUCCGCCAGUGUGGCGCCGACAUACCACACGAGCGUGCCAUGGACUCCAUCAGCCUCGAGCGUGAGCGCGGUAUCACUAUUGCUUCCAAGGUUACAUCCAUUUCGUGGAAGGAGAAUGAGCUAAAUAUGGUUGACACACCUGGACAUGCAGAUUUUGGCGGUGAAGUUGAGCGGGUUGUUGGUAUGGUUGAAGGAGCAAUUUUAGUUGUAGAUGCUGGAGAGGGUCCCCUUGCACAGACAAAGUUUGUUCUUGCAAAAGCAUUGAAGUAUGGGUUGCGCCCUAUUCUUCUUUUAAACAAAGUAGACCGACCUGCAGUUUCUGAGGAGAGGUGCAAUGAAGUUGAAAGUUUGGUUUUUGAUCUUUUUGCAAAUCUUGGUGCUACAGAGGAGCAGCUGGACUUUCCAGUUCUCUAUGCUUCUGCAAAAGAAGGUUGGACUUCAAUAACUUUCACCAAAGAUCCUCCUGCUGAUGCAAGGAAUAUGUCACAGUUACUCGAUGCCAUCAUAAAACAUGUUCCGCCACCAACAGCUAGCAUUGAUGCCCCUUUCCAAAUGCUGGUUUCAAUGAUGGAACGAGACUUCUAUCUUGGGCGAAUAUUGACUGGACGCAUUUCUUCUGGAAUUAUUCGUGUUGGUGACAGAGUCCAUGGACUUCGUAAUAAAGAUACUGGAGUUGAGAAAAUUGAAGAAGGAAAGGUGGUGAAACUGAUGAAAAAGAAAGGUACAAGCAUGGUUCCAGUUGAUAGUGCCGGAGCUGGUGAUAUAAUAUCAAUGGCUGGUUUGACAAGUCCAUCAAUAGGCCAUACAGUGGCAAAUGUGGAGGUUAUGACAGCAUUGCCAACUGUUGAGUUGGAUCCACCAACUAUUUCUAUGACUUUUGGUGUCAAUGACUCUCCAUUGGCUGGUCGCGAUGGUACCCAUUUGACUGGAGGGAAAAUCGGUGAUCGGCUAAUGGCUGAAGCAGAAACUAAUCUUGCCAUAAAUGUGCUCCCAGGCUUAUCAGAAUCAUAUGAAGUUCAGGGGAGGGGAGAACUUCAACUGGGUAUCUUAAUUGAGAAUAUGAGGCGUGAAGGAUUCGAGUUGUCUGUCUCACCACCUAAAGUGAUGUAUAAAACUGAAAAUGGUCAAAAGCUUGAGCCAAUUGAAGAAGUGACUAUUGAGGUAAAUGAGGAACAUGUGGGGUUAGUUAUGGAAGCCCUAUCUCAUAGGCGAGCUGAGGUUAUGGACAUGGGUCCUGUCCCAGGAAAUGUUGGCAGGACUAGAUUGUCGUUGACCUGUCCAUCAAGGGGCCUGGUUGGUUACAGAAGCGUGUUUAGUACCGAUACACGUGGAACCGGAUUUAUGCAUCGUGCUUUCCUGACCUAUGAAAAAUAUAGGGGUCCUCUUGGCAAUGUGCGUAAAGGAGUAUUGGUAUCGAUGGGCUAUGGCACAAUCACAUCUUAUGCACUAAUGAGCUUAGAAGCUCGUGGAAUUCUCUUUGUGACUCCUGGGUUGGAGACGUAUGAUGGAAUGAUUGUGGGUGAACAUUCACGGGACACAGAUCUAGAUGUAUGGAUAUCUAUUCCUUUCACUUUGUGUAUUAUAUUUCAAAUUCUGGUUGCUUAUCUUGCAAUAAUUGCCUUUCUGCAGAUCAAUCCUGUUAGGUCUAAAGAACUUACUAAUGUGCGUGCUGCUGGGAAAGAUGAGAAUGUGAAGCUAUCUCCUCCUCGUCUAAUGACUCUUGAAGAAGCCAUUGGUUAUGUAGCUUCAGAUGAGUUGAUUGAGGUUACACCAAAAUCAAUUCGGUUAAGGAAGAGAUACCUGGAUGUUGGCAAGCGUAAAAGCAUGAGUAAAAAACCAAAGGACUGAAGCAUUUGUCCUUGAUACAGUUUUGUAACCUUAUGAUUAUUCAUCAUACUGGUGUACUCUAGCAAGGUCAUUAGUCUUUUGCCUCAAUUUCAGGCGAGGAACACUGAAAUAUUCUUUCAUAAAUGGUGACUUAAGGAGAGUCCACGUUGUAUUUAUAAGAAACAAUAAUGGCAAUGAGGUGUUUACUUAAUUGGUUUGUCAUAUAUAUAUAUAUAUAUAUAUAUAUAUAUAUAUAUAUAUAUAAAAUAUAUAUAAGUUAAUUGCUUUGUCAUUUGAAAA